CUGCUACUAAGCACCGCCCACUCUAGGUCCUGUUUCCUUUCUGUCAGGUUUUAUUUCGGUUUAGGAACGAUAGUUUUCACGUGUAAUCGUGUCAUCAAACAGCGCCUUUGCUAUCUGAUGGAAGAAACUCAGCUGUCAAAAUGCGUAUUGUACACGUGGGGAGCCAACAGUUACGGGCAGCUCGGGCAGGGACACGCGAAUGAUGAAGCCGAGCCGCGGCGCGCAGACGAAGGGCUGCAGACAGAGCAGAUCCGGUGUAUAACCGGAGGAGGUGGACAUACUGCAGUCAUUACAGAGUCAGGAGAGCUGCUGAUGUGUGGACAGAAUCACAAAGGUCAGUUAGGGCUCAGGCACACUUCAGAGGUCAUGACCUUUCAACCCUGCUCUUUGCCUGGGUGCAGGAGAGUUCAGGCGGUGUCCUGUGGCUGGGACUUCUCUCUUAUUUUAACAAAUGAGGGUCAGGUCUUGGCAUGCGGCUCCAAUGCAUUUGGACAGCUGGGCAUCUCACCGCAUGUAACACACACAGCAGAACCUUUACAUGUGAAGGCCCUGAGCGAGUCAGUAACCAGUGUGGCCGCAGGUCUUAGACAUGCAUUGGCCAGAACAGCAUCAGGUUGUGUGUAUCAAUGGGGAACUGGCCUGUCUAGUCUUGCCAAAAGAACAUUAAGUCCCCAGCCUGUUCCUGCACACCUAACCUCUAAGGAGCCUUGCCCUGUCCCGGGACUGGAUCAUGUGACCCCGCAAAAGGUAGUUGCAGGCUCUGCCCACUGCAUCUGUUUGACAGUCACAGGUGAUCUAUUUCUAUGGGGAAGCAAUAAACAUGGUCAGCUAAUCGGCGACAGUCCCUUUCUGCCCCUUCCUGUGGUUCUAGAUCGAUCUCUCCUGCAAAGAGAGAGAGCGACCGACAUUCACAGUGGCUGGACACACGUCAUCGCACAAACAGAGAGUGGGCGGGUCUUUACAUGGGGCAGAGCCAAUUAUGGGCAACUGGGACAGACGGUGGUGACCAAUCAGGGAGGAGAAUCACAAUCUGACCUAAGCUCUCAUCCCACGAACGGCCCUUUGGAAGUUAAAGGUUUAUUUGGAGCAACACAGAUAGCGUGUGGAUCUGAACACAACCUGGCUGUUGUGGAAGGUCGAAUUGUCUCCUGGGGCUGGAAUGAACAUGGAAUGUGUGGAGAUGGUUCCCUCUGUGACAUCACGCAACCACAACCAAUCCCCAGUCUCGUAGACUCUACGCCUCUUCUGAUUGGCUGCGGAGCAGGACAUUCGAUGGCACUUUGCAGUAUGAAGAGCAACAAAGAUUCAGCAUGCUGAACAGGUUUCAGUUUUCAACAGGUUACAGUCGAGAGCUUCUGACUGGCUGAGUUCUUCUCAUGUGACUACAUGCCCCGUAUCCCAUGCUGCAUCUCUUGUGGAGAUUCCCCAUCAUCAUUAUCACCCACCAUUGUGACUCUGCAUGCACAUCAAGCACAUUGCUAUUUAUAUUUCAUUUGUCAUUUUUCAUUAAAUAAAAAAUAUCAUUGUUACUUUA